GACGCACAGCAGGGCGGAGAUAAAACCGGGGAGUUUCGGCGUUCGGAGGCAGAGAUUUCGCUGCUCACUGACGGAUUCACAUCUCGCGGACCAAUCUCUGAAUCUCUCCUCUUUUAACGGAGUCUGAAACGAUCUUUGUACCGAUCUGGAUUACAACUUGUUAGGACUUUAUUCCGGGAAUUUAAUGAACACCAGCCUGUGCGCGCUGUGGAUAUUUCUUACUAUCCUGGAUCUUGUGGAUUAUUUUACUGACUUCAGCAUGACUCUGGAGGAACUCGUUGGAUCCAACAGCACCGAGAAAAAGAUGGAGACGGUGAGUCAGGCUCUGGAGGAGCUGCUGGUCACAGCUCAGCGGCAAGACUGUCUCACGGUGGGAGUCUACGAAUCCGCCAAACUCAUGAAUGUAGACCCGGACAGUGUGGUCCUGUGCGUCCUCGCCACUGAUGAGGAGGAUGUCGAUGACAUCGCGCUGCAGAUCCACUUCACGCUUCUGCAGGCUUUCUGCUGCGACAACGACAUUAACAUUCUGCGGGUGUCCGGCAUAAGGCGGCUGGCCCAGCUGCUGGGGGAGGACACCGAGAACAGUAACAGCAACGAGCCCCGGGACCUGCACUGCAUCCUGGUCACGAACCCCCCAGUGCAGCCGCUACAGUGCCAGGCCCUGCAGGACAUCAACAAUUUCUGUGAGGAGAGCCGCUGCAGGAACCAGUGGGUGCCCUGUCUGGAGCUGCAGGACGGCUGAGCCGGGCCGGGAAGAACCGAGUCAGACCGCUUAGGAGCGGUGAGAAAGAGUGGAAAAAGCCCAAACAGCCGUCCUCAUGCAGAAGAGGAGCAGUGGUGUUUGAGUGAGGACCGGGCCGAACCGAGCCUUCCUGAUGGAUGGGGGACUGAUGUGGCCGGGCAAGGCGCGCCAGCUACCGGUACCUGGUGGGUUGUGAAAACCGAACCGGAGUGUGCAGGAGGCUUCAGGUCCUGGAGCUGCAGAGAGGGAGAAGAUUUUCUUUUAACAUUCACGUGACUGAGUGACAGCACCUGGAUGUCACGUAACUGAACUGAACUGAACUGAACUGAACUGAACUGAACUGAAAUGAACUCAUGAAUGUCCUGAGGAGCUGCAGGUAAAGCUCCGGAGUAGCUGGGCUGCAGGUGCGGCUCACCUGUCUGCUCACACAUGAACUGAGGUUACCCAACAGCAUGUGACGUCAUAGUAUGCUAUUUGUUGUUGUUAGUGAAGCAGUGACUAAAGCGAACAGAGUUAAUAUAUGAGUGGAUCCACCUGUUGACUUAUUUGAUUAAUAAAUUAUUGAAGGAGAAAUGGUGAUGAUGCUUUGAGUAGUUC